CAGCCCUGGUACAUUGAAUUACUAUUUUGCCUGAUAAAAAUUUAUAAAAAUCAUCGUGAUCCCCGCCAGCUGCCUACAAUUAAGUGUUGACGUAGAUACUUAAAACAGUCUUAGAAAUUCCCGCCAGGUGGACAGGAGAUCAGUGUGUGCAGCUUUGACCAUCCAGUGAUUCACGGCGUUGACAUUGAAAAACAAAUGCAAUGCCAGCACAGUGGGCGUAAGCAGGCGGAAAGGGGAGCAGUUGCAAGGAUACCGCAGCGCAAGGAUACGGUCGAUAGGUGCAACUGCCCACUGUCCAGCUGUCCAAGAUGCCUUGCGAAAGCUGCGCCGUGGAAUUCACGGUGUUUCGUCGCAAGCGCGCUUGCUUCGACUGCAAACGUUACUAUUGUGCCAACUGCAUUGCGGCCAGAAGAUGCCAGCGAUGCUCGGUCUUCGCUCAGCGUCCGCUUUUAAGGACAGAUCUGCUGAAGCUCAAACCCAAGGACCUAAUUUUCUAUCUGCAGUCCAAACACAUCUCCACUGAAGGCUGUUUGGAGAAAGAGGAACUGGUUGGUCUGGUCCUCACCCAUGUGGCCCAGAUGGACAGGAGUCGCGGGUCGAACGCUUCCUCCAACAGUCCGGGUCGGGGUCAAGCCAACCCCAUUGACAACCUCAAACAGUCGUGCCAAAACUUCUUCUCCAACCUGAGCGACAAUAUAAGCGAUUCGCUGGCCUCUUUCGACUCAAAGGCCACUGCUCAAAAGCCGCCGGAGAGCAGACAGUCGCCGGAGGCGCCCACCCACAUCUUCGAGCAGCCGCGAGUGUCCAAACGAGAGAUUCCCACAUAUGCUAGUGCCGUAAACGGCGGACCACAACGGGUCCAUGUCCAUCAAGAGGCAACUGCAAGCUCCACUACCAAUGGAGGCAGCCGGAACAGCAGCAGUCCCUCAACUUCCACGCAGGCACCCAAUAAUCGUGAUGCCAGCAGCAGCAGCCAGGCUCCGGUAGUUCAGAGGCGGGAGCAGGAGCAGGAGGAGGCGCCUAGCAAGUCAGACUGCGAGUGCUCUGACGACGAGAUUAUGGCCACGUUUAGUGAGCGAGUUUCACUGUCGCUUAAAACCGAUAGCAGUGGCCGAAGGGCCAACGCUCCUGCAGAGCCUAGCUCUGCUGGGCUUGUGGAAGGAACAGAUGGCGCUCGGGGCACAACAGCAGCCAGUCCGGGUUGCUCCAAGCAGGGCUCGAGCAGCUCCAAGGCGGAUGCCUCCUCACAGUCAAGCUUCGAGGAGCUGGGCGCCAUUGGGGGCAUCUCCGACGAGAGCAAGGCCACAACGGACACGAACAGCAGCCAUCUGGACCAGUGGCAGGUGCUCGAGGUGAACCGAAUCGAACCGGCUGCAGAGGAAACGCCGACCACAAGUGCCGCUGAAGAGAUCCUGGAGGUUACGCUGCGGAGCAGACCAGCAGUCGAGGGUGAAGAUGGCCAAAUGGGCGAGAGCACACAGACGCUGAACAUUGAACAGCGCCCGGCUAAUCCGAGUCCUGCACUCCAUCCCGCCGUGCCGCAGCGCACAAAGAAGGUGACCCGGCGACGCUCCGAUGGCUACUUGAAUCGGCCCCACCAUUCCAGCGAUGACGAGUCCCCAGUGGCACCGAGUGGCACUAGACUCAGCCUGGGGCUUUCAACGCUUAGCGAACAGCCAGAGAACGGUCUCCAUGCGCACUCCCAUCGCCAGAGCUGCCAGCGCUGCGGUAAGAACAAAACAAACAUACGCCGGCAUGUGGAGAAGAUGCGGCGCCAUCUGGAGAACUCGCAAAUGUCCGAGGAGGACAUCAAGAGGGAGCUGCAGGAGUUUCUCACGUACCUGGAGCAGCGCACCAAGUCCGUGGAUGCCUCCGAUGCGGAGAGUCACGCCGUUUCCCCGCUCAGCGUGGAUGCGAUUAGUGUGGCAGCCGGCGGCAGAUCCCCGGACAUGCCCAUCACGCCGAACAUUGAGUUCUCGCCCACUCAGGACGACGAUAUCCGCUGGGACGACGACGAGGGCAUUCAUGUGUAUGCGGCACCAUCGGACUUUGAGCCGGCCGCCGGCAUUGAUUCACGUUUCGUCAAUUUGGAAGACUUUGAGGACUUAAAAGACUUGGAGGGUUUGACGGUAAAGCAGCUCAAAGAGGUGCUCAUGUUGCACCGCGUCGACUACAAAGGCUGCUGCGAGAAGCAGGAACUGCUCGAUCGGGUUAGCCGGCUAUGGAAAACCAUGCGCGAGUCUCCAGCUGUGGAGAAACUGCCCACGGAUGAGCUUUGCAAAAUUUGCAUGGAUCACGCAAUUGAGUGCGUUUUCCUCGAGUGCGGCCACAUGGCAACCUGUACGAACUGUGGAAAAGUACUGAACGAGUGCCCGAUUUGUCGACAAUAUAUUGUACGAGUUGUAAGGUUUUUUAAAGCAUAAUGCUAAUGCUAAUGGUGACUGGACAUGGUCUAAUGCUGGUGGCCACCACAAGGCACAUCCAGCGCAGGUGUACAGCUGUACAGGAAAUCCGGACGGUGGGACUGCAACGUAAUUGUUUCCUUAAACGACGCGAGUGCAACAAUAAUAAUUAUUUAAAUUUUUUGUUUCUACUAUGUAGUAUGUUGCCAGUAUAUAUGCGUAUAUAUAGUGUACACCCUGAUACCGCUUUCAAAGUGUAUUUAACUAUUUCAAAUGUGAAAUACUUUUGCUAUUUAUUUUGUUUGUUCUUGUUGUUUGUAAAAACGAGAGGUUAUCUAGAUCAACUAACAUUCCUAUUAGCCGCAAAAAAGAUUUAAUCUGUUAUUAACAGUUGUAAAAUCUCGUCUAGAUGCGCAUUUAAACAAUAAAUAUUUUCAAAUA